UUCAAUGCAAAACAAAAACAAUUUAUAAAGUAAUAAUUUAUGUAAUUUUGUACUUUUCUGAAAGUUCUGGCACAACUUUGUGAACGUUGGCAUUUAUAUUCAAAUUGUACUGUAAAUAAUUUUUCGCGGAAACAUAAAAUGAGUUCCAGUUUUAAAAUAUAUAAUGCUACCGAACUUUGGCAGGUUGAAACAGGCUUGCCUUCAAUACCCACCUUCAGCCAAACCCUUGACAAAGCUGUUGGCAAUGAUGGAAUACAAUUAGGAUCACUUGUAGAGCUGCUAGGCUUGCCAGGCACUGGAAAAACUCAACUAUGUUUGCAGCUCUGUUGCUCUAUUCAAAUACCAAAAGUAUUGGGAGGUUUAUACGCCGAAGCUCUGUAUGUAGAUACUAAUACUAACUUUACUAUCGGUAGAUUUAAAGAAAUUCUGUUUGCAAGCUUAGCAAAAUGUCAAAUGUUGUUGGAGACUUCAAUAUCCAUUAAUGAAGAGGAAGCUCUAAAGAAAUUGCAUUAUGUUAAUGCAUUUGGGCUUGAAAAGUUCUGUGCAUUCUUGUAUCAACUACCAAAGUUCAUAAAUAGUAGACCAAAUAUUAAACUGAUAGUAAUCGAUUCAAUAGCUUUUCCAUUUAAAGAGGGUAUAUCAUUGAAACAGCGCACAGGAUUACUUUACAGACUAAUGGCAGAUUUGAAUAAGUUAGCUGUAGAAAAACAAAUUGCGGUAGUAAUUACUAAUGAAAUGACUACAAGAAUAGGUUUGUCAUCCGGUGCUAUAGUUGGUGCACUCGGUGAUGCGUGGGCGCAUCGCUGUAACAAACGACUUCUGCUUUCUGCACCUGAUCCUCUAGAUAACAUAAGAUUAGCUGUGCUACUUAAAAGUAAUAGUGCUCCAGAAUCUAUUGGUAAAUUCCAGAUAACACAGGAAGGUAUUCGGGAUAUUGAUUAAAAAGCGAUUGGAACAUACAUAGUUUUAUUAAUAAUGUAUUCAAAUAUAUAUUAUAAUACAUCGUAAACAAAACUACAGCACCAAUAAAUAUCUCA